AAUACUGAAAACUCAUCCAUGAACAGUCUACUUCCUCUAAGAUGACUAUAUCGCAAGCAGCCAUUGCUAUCGUUGGCGCCGGUCCGGCGGGUCUCACUUUUGCACGACUCCUUGAGCUCGCCGGUAUCGACUAUGUUGUAUUUGAACAAGCCGAAUCUGCCUUGUGGGCUGAUAAGCAUUCCAGCAGCGGCACCUUGGACAUCCAUAAAGGCUCGGGGCAGGCUGCUUUGAAAGAAGCCGGCUUGAUGGCAGACUUCCAAUCACUCGCCCGCUGGGGCGUGCCAGUCAAAUUUGUCGACUUAAACGGCAACGUUGUUCUUGAUACUGUCGCCGGCAAUAGUGGUGAAGAUAAGCCGGAAAUUGAUAGAAGGGAUCUUCAAAAACUUCUCCUUGGCUCUAUUCCGGCUAGCAAAGUUCGCUGGGGCUUCAAGAUCCUACAAGUGCAGGUAGAUAGUGAUGGGUCGCAAUCAGUUCAUUGUGAAAAUGGUAGUGUUGAAUCUGGAUUCCGUCUUGUGGUAGGUGCAGAUGGCGCUUGGUCCAAAGUCAGGAAACUUGUCACCUCUGCUGAACCGCAGUAUUCCGGGACUCACUUCUUUACUACAUUUCUCAAGUCAGAUAACCCACACUACUCCUCGUUGACCUCGAUGGUAGGCAAUGGGAAUUACCUAGCCCUAAACAAUGGGCGACAGUUCUUCUUGCAUUACCUAGGCGACGGGUCAUAUCACCUCGCCGUCGGCAUGAAACUCCCCGAAACCUGGGCUCUGGAAGUCACGAAGCAUCACGGUCCAUCAACAUUAUGGCAGUCAUUGCUUCGGUAUGAAUUCGCCGAAUGGGCUCCAGAACUCACCGACUUAAUCAAGUCUAGCACCCAUACGUUCCGCUCUUGGCCAGUGUACUCUAUACCAAAGACGUCUGUGCCUUGGAAACAUACCCCCGGAGUCACAUUGCUUGGGGAUGCGGCUCAUCUAACAGAACCCACCGGAGAUGGUGUUAACAAUGCCUUGCAAGACAGUGUGGAGUUGGCCAGAUGUAUCAUCAAGCAUGGGAUUGAUGACCUAGACUCUGCUGUUGUAGAGUAUGAGAAGGCGAUGUUCCCUCGUGCAAUUGAAGCAAUUGAGAAGGGUCAAUGGUUUGCUGAGCACUUAUUCAAGGCUGAAUCGUCUCAAAGUUUUCUUCAGGCUGCUACGAGCCGGUAAUGUACUCGCAAAUGUAUGGAGUAGUAUACAACAAGGAAAGAAGCAGGAAGCAUCUGUCGAUUAGGGUUAUCAGGGUUAGGACUUUUAGGAAUCUGUAGCCUCAGGCGCUAAGGCAAGCACGAAAAAAGGAGUCCGCUGAUUGGCUGAAAGCAGUUGUUGCUGUGACGCGUGAGACGCGGUAAGGAGUUCAGGAGAAACAAUAACUUCAUUGUCAACAGUAGCUUGAUGAAAUGGUAAAUAAAACACAAGCCUCUGUGUCCUUCGCAGCUCUCAGGUUUCCAGAAGAUUUUGUGCUAUUUUUGACAUAUGUAAAUGGGGCUGAUGACAAAUGGGGCCUCGCUGUUCAAUAGUGCGAUAAAAACAGUCAAGCGCCAUAUCAGCUAUCUAUCUUCUCCAGUCUUCACCCUCC